GGCAGUCUUGUGUUUGCUGGCGUGCGGAGCGCAGCGGCGCCGUGAUCAAUAGAGCCAGGAUCCCGGGUCGCAUCUUCUCGCUGUCAGGUACGGCUGCAUUCUAUAGGUGUCAGAGCAGCUCUGGAAAUAUCACCACAAGAGGCCAUGGCUGGAGGCGGGGGCGGCGCGCGCGCCUAGCGAUGCUGGAGAAGCGGCUGCCGGCGCUGGUGUGGGGAGCGGCGGCGGCGGCGCUGUGCCUGUCGCUGUACCGCCUGCUGGGCUGGCCGGCGGGCGGCCUGGGGGACGCGCCGCCCACGCGGCCGCCGCAGCCCGCCUACCUGCUGCUGCUGCCCGGCAACGCCACCGCCUCGGCGCCGCCCUACCCGCUGGCGCGCCUGCCCGCCGGCGACGCCGCCGCCCUCAUCGACCUGCGCGGCUUCCGCUUCCUCAUCAACAACUACCCGUGCGGCGAGCCCGCGGCCGCCGCCCUCGGCCCAGGAGCGGCGAAUGCGUCGACGCCGCAGCAGCAGCAGCAGCAGUCGUCGCCUUCGGCGUCGUGGGGCGGCGGCGGGCCUUGGGCGGCGGAGCGCGCGCCGCUGCUGCUGGUGCUGGUGCACUCGGCGCCGGACAACGCGGAGAAGCGCGCGACGAUCCGCGCGACGUGGGGCGGCGCGGCGGCGCGGGCGGGCGCCGACUUCCGCGUGCUCUUCCUGCUGGGCGACGUGGGCGGCGGCGAGCGGCAGGCGCGCCUCGACGCCGAGAACCGCCGCCACGGCGACCUGGUGCAGGGCAACUUCCGCGACUCGUACCGCAACAUGACGUACAAGCACGUGAUGGCGCUCAAGUGGGCUGCGUACCACUGCCCGGGCGCGCGCUACCUGCUCAAGGCGGACGACGACGUGUUCGUGAACGCGCCGGCGCUGCUCUCCUUCCUGGCGCGCGCCCUCUCGCCGUGGGGGGCGCGCCGGCUCAUCCUGUGCGCGCCGUUCCCCUACGCCUACGUGAAGCGCUCGUGGCGCAGCAAGUGGCGCGUGUCGCCGCUCGAGUACCCGGGCCGCGUGUACCCCGCCUACUGCGCCGGCUGGGCCGUGCUCUACUCGCCCGACGUCGUCUUCCUGCUGUACGAGCAGGCGCAGGCUGGCCCCUACUUCUGGAUCGACGACGUGCACGUCACGGGCACGCUGGCGGCGCGCGCCAACCUCACGCACACGCCGCUCGGCUCGCUCGUGCUGUCCGAGGCGCAGGUGGCCGCCGUGCUGGCCGGCGAGCCGCCGCCGCAGUUCCUCUUCGGCGCGCCCAACAUGUCGCUGGACGCCAUCCGCCGCCUCUGGCGCGUCGUGUCGCGCGCCCACGCCGGCGCCGCCCCCGCCCCCGCCACCGACGCCGCCGACGGGGGAGACCACUCCUGACGACCGUGCCGCCGCCGCCCCGCUGCCCGACAAGUGCCUUCGCAGGCGACCGUCGCCUCCGUCUCUCUCUCUCGGGGGUGCUCCUGCUGGAACGUUCGUCUCGCCUCUCCGUACUGACUCUCCCGGCCACAGGCCGGAAAUAGCGGGCGACCGAAUCGUAGUACAGUAAUUGCCGAGUUCACUGACGGAAUAUCCUUUUCUCAGUCGUCGUUUGAGUGUUUCCGACUGCGAAUCCGGCCGCGCUUAGCCUCACGUGAAACUGAAUGUAUCCGAUCUCUGGUUUGGUAGCCACAGCCGACAGUAUUUUAGCCAAGUAUCUUGUGAAAAGUGUGUCACACCGAGCUUUCACUUAAUGCGACUUGAAACUGUCAGUUUCUUUCCAGGUAUUGCUUUCUGUACUUUGAUAAAUCGACAGUCUCAUCUCGCAAAACGUUAAAAAACGAAGACUUCUGUAUUUCCCAGAACAAUAAUUACUAUACUACUCCUUAAUUUGCUCCCGAACUUAGUUACUUAAAAAAUCACUCAACAUUCUCUUUACAUUAUUGCUCUGCUUCCCCCACUACCUAUUCAAACCAAAAUUUUGCUCCUAUUAAAUUAAUUUUGCUCGUUUUAAAUUCACUACAAAAUUUCGGUGUAUCAAUUAUACCUAUUCUUUUUCAUUUUCCCCUUGCAUUGCUUUCUUGCUUCAUUAUCUCCUUUAAGCCACUUUGUGGUCACAUAAUGUACCUUUUUCUUUACAUUUCUUGAGAUUCACUUGCACGACUAUAAGCUCCAAACAAACUUCCACCUGUUGACAAUAGUACCACACAACACCCCACUUGUGUAAUCACUUCAGCAAAAAAUCUGACAAGGUAGUCCGGAUCAGCUCAACAACAAUAACGCGACAGUAAAAUUAUUCACACAGUUGCUCCUUUAGUGCCUUUCAUACCACAUACUUCAUUAUUCUUUUAUUGUGGUAAAUCUAUACCAGCCAAGUUUAUUACUUAGUGCCCACUGCUACCAGAUACCGACAUUACCUGUAUUGCUUUGUCACCACAAAAACACAUAGUACCACUUCACAUGUAAUAUAUUUAAUGUGAAUUGGCAAAAGUGAUGCAGGAGAGAUUUACUACGACAAACAGGGUAUUGAUUGUUAUCCUGUGAUAAGGUACUGUGUAAAAUAUUCACAAAAAAAAAUUGAUUUACAUCUGCACCGGUUGGCCGGCUAGUCUUGGAAUAUUGUGAUGAUGACGCAAAAUUAAAUGAGGAAGGAGCAGCUCCAAUUGCAGAAGUCGCAGUGUGAGAGACAGGUUGUGCUCUGUCGACUGGUAAUGUUGUGCCAAAGUUUUCGAGGAUUUCCAUAUUCACCAUUAAAAACCACGUACUUCACAUUACUGCAUCUAGUAUACCGUGCAAUGUUCAGAACCGUGUAGGUUGGUUGUUACAAGGAAAUUAUUUUAGAAGUUCUACUCGUCAAAAUUUAACCUGAAAUGAACUCAGCUGCAGAACUAUGCAAGUGUAUCUUUUACUGCACUUGUCAGUUGGAAUUCUGCUGACAUGACAGGGAGCACCCAUUAUGGAUGCAGCAGUCGGUUUACAUUUGUUUCAAUGCAAAUGAGGAAGGCUAGUGAUAUGUUCUUAAUUGUGGCUAUAUGGGAGCCUAUUAAAAAUUGACUUACGCUUAAUGAUAAAUGACAGUAUGUACUUAAAUUUUUAAAAGAGGAGUUGAAUACUCUUUAGAAUGUAGGAUAUAGCCAUUUGUGUAUUCUCACUGAAGAAAUGGUGCCACUUCAUUUAGAUACAUUUUUUGAAGAAACUGGAACAGCAACUAUGCUUAGGUAUGUAGCCUAAUAUUCAGGCCUUUAAAUGUUGUUCAAAUCUGUCUGUAAUAACUUCCUAAGAAUUCAUUUCCCUCCUCUGAGUGGAUGUUGAAAACUGAAUAGGCUUUAGUACUUAGUGUGUUGAUGUUGCAUUGUUGCAUCUGUUACCUGACCUGAACUAUGAUAAUGCUAACAUAUUGUACUUUACCAUAUAUAAAUACAGUCCCUCUAAAUAUUUUUGUGUGUCUCACUGUCAGGAAGUCCAAUAUAAAAUAGUAAUUAUACAUUGGUUAAGUUUAUUCACAUUUGAUGUAAGUAGCCUCAGUUGUGACAUAAGGAUGGUCACAGUGCUGGGAAGAUGUACCUUUUGGGAAGCCUUCCAGUGUUACUAGUUUACAUGUGUCAUACUGUGUGGAAUGGGUCCAAAUCAGAAUUCAGUAAUUAUUGUGUACGUUCAGACAAUUGUGAAGAUAUGUCUACAUGUGGGAGUACUACCAAGCCAGUAUCUUGCCAGUAGGAAGAAAAACAAUGGUAGACUCACUGGGAGAUAUGAUUGGAUAACUAUAUUGUGCAUUACCUGCAUUUAAUGAGAUUAAGAUAUCUUUUAUGAACAAAUUUAAUUUUGAUAAGUGUUUUAGGUAGAUUAAAUAGUAAGAUGUGGUUAAUUAGUUUUAUUAGCUUAUUUAUUGCAGAUAUAAGUGAUAUAGUAUUUUAUUACUCAAAGUUGUCAUAUUUAUACCACAAGUCGAACACAGGCUAUGAACGAUAGUAAUAUGAAUUUACUUGAAGAUAGAUUGUUUUAAAAUUCUAUGAAAUGCCUAUGGCAUUCCUGAGUAUCACUGCAAUAUAGCGGUGGCCUAUUUUCUUCAAGUCUAUAAACAUUUGUAGAGAGUAGCUCUAAUUUAUACAAGGAAUCUUCUGUGUAGCUAGUCUGCACAGAAAGUGAUGGUAUGGUAUUGUUAUACCAUUGUGUAGUACUGCUUAUAAUCUUUUUGUUAACAACAAACUUUCUUUUUGGUACCGAUGGAAUAUUUAAUCUUAUUAGUGCACAUGGAAACUUUGAUACAUUGUUAGACUAGGAGAGAUUGUGAAACGAAAUUUGUUCUUAGUCAGUGAAUUAAAAAAUAAAACUAAAAAUCAUCUUAUGUGGUAGAAAUAGUUAUUUAUUUGAACUUUGUUUCUAAUUUGUUAAUGGGAGCUAGUGAGAAUGCAAAUAUAAAUCAUGAAUAUGUACAUUUUUACAAAGUCAUUUCUUUUCAAUACCAUAUUUUGAGAAUGAUUCCAUUCCAUUUAAAAAUUACACACACAUCUUCGCCAAAAACAAUUAUAAUCUAACAUUUACUUUCCAGAAUAAUUUCUUUGUCCACUAAAAUAGUGAAUGUCACUUUGCUGCAAAAUUGUUCACAACAUUACUACCUUCCUCUUAAGUAUCAGUAUGAAAAAAUAAAUUAAUUAAAAUUGGAAAAAAAUUGUUCCUUAAAAAUUCUCUUUUGAUCACGCAUUUUCUUCGAACAUUACAAAAUUUAAAUAACAUUUGUGUGUUUUGGGAAAGCAAAUAUUUUUUAUGCAAUCAUAAUAUGAAGCAAGCUACUGUACCAUAUGUGGUCCUGAAAGAGAGAAACUGAAAUUUUUACCCUGUGAUCUGUAGUCACUAUGUGUAACAUUAAAAAAUGUGUUAACAGACACAUUAGUAUUUUUAAAAUUUCUGUUUGUCUACUCCAAAACUAGUUGCUUUUCAUUUUUAUAAUUGUCUUGGUCAGAUAUUGCUCUUUCUUUGUAGUAUGGUCGUGUUCAGGGAGUUAAUUUUUGGAACAGUUUCUUAUCCUUCUUUGAACUCUUAUGUAUUCUGAGUAGUUGAUAUUUUUAGCUAAGUUACGUAUAAAGUCUGUUCCACUUCCACUGUCCAAUAUUAGUACUACUGAUAAAGUAAUGCAUGUGACUAAUAUUAGCAACACCACAAUUUUUACUUUAAUAUUGUCAGUGAAUUUGAUGUUUUUAUUGAAAUAACUUUUUUGUGGAAACACUUGUCGUAUGUUCUAACACUGAAGAAAGAAAAAUGAAAAACACAUUUUGCCAAGAAGAAUGACUGUUUAAUGUGACUAAGGCUGUAUGCUCGUAUCCAAUAUUAGUGAGUUUGUUUCUUAAGUAUGCAGAGAGACCAACUUUUCACAUAUAUCUGACUAAUAAAAUAAUUGAGUGUCUGGUAAAGCAGUGAGGUUACAACAAACAGUGAAAGUAGGAGUGAUGUAACUUCAGUACUGGGAAUAUGAUGUAAAAGUACCUGAAUGUUUAAAGCUCGCUACUCGUUUUCUCUGUUCAUUGGACAGAAAAGAAAAUUGAACCCAACAUCCUCCUUCCUUGAAACUCCUAUGUAUUGUGAGUAGCUGAUAUUUUUAGCUAAGUUAUUUGUAAGAAUAUGCUGCCCAUCCAGUAUCCAGCUUUUUAUAUUUUUAUUUAUUCAUUGUGUUGUGUGUCCCUUUGGUUUGUCAGUGUUGGGAACUGAAGUAUGCCUAUGUCUGUUUCAUCCACGAGAUAGUGAUUACAAGAUCUUAGCAUUUCUUGGAAAAUGUGUUUGAAGAAAUCAGUUAGAAGCAUCCUUGUCACAUUUCAAAGUUGAUUCUCCUGCUUUAUUGCUCAGAGAUGGGGUGGGUGCUGCUACUUUAAUAACACUGAUGUAUUUAAAAAUACACACAUAGUGUUAGGCAUUAAUUAUUCUUUUGAAAUUGAAGUUUGCUUUUUGCAUAAUUUUGUUGUAAGCCAUGCUUUACAGUUAUCAAUUGUCUGAACGUAAUUGUGGUGUGUGUACAGUGUUGUGGGAAUUCACAUUUAAAUUAUAAAAUUCAGGAAUAAAGAUGCCAAACAUUGUCAUGUAUUUGUGUAGUUGUAUACCAGGUGAAUUCAAUGUAACUUGAAAGUAUGGAAAAGUACUUUAAGAUAUUUUCCUUACUAAAAAUAAAACUCCUUAUCUAUCUUCACAAUAAUCUUGUAUUUCUGGACAGCUUCAUGAUGACAUGUUGUGAAUUUCAAUUUCUGUGUUCUACUUAUCAUUUCUUUGAUGUGACUGAAUUGUCAGCACCUUGCCAUAAACUGAUUUAUACAUUAGACUGAUGGAAGGAGCUGAUUGGCUGUUACUGAUAUUGCUUCAAUAAUAAAAAACUUAUGAAUCUCAAA